AUGUCGGAAGCUCUCAAUAAUGCUGAAGGACUGAUUCCUCAGUUCAGCUUCGAGAAACUCUUGAACCAAGGUAUCGAGAAUUACCAAGCCGGACGCCGCAUCGUCUUACAGGGCACCAUCGCAGACCAGCCAGCUCUGCUGCUCGCCGAGCGCGCCGCCUUUGACUCGCAAGACUCGCACCUGUCGACCUUCAGCACUUCUUUAUCGCAAAUCCAGAAGCUCGGCGACAAUGACAUCUACCGAUGGUACAUGGCCCACAGCGGCGCCGGCCAAGGGCAGCCACCCGACUUGAAGAUCAACCUCAUCUACCCAUGCACCGACCAGCACCUCAAGAAAUACUCUGCUCAAGCCGUCCGCUAUGUCACAGAAACGCCCGACAUCUACCGCGAGCACGUCCGCCCAUUCAUGAAGGCCAAGCGCGACCAAGGCCGACUCAAUUGGGUCUUCAACAUCCUCGACGGCCGCACCGAGCAAGAAGACGUCUUGUUCCGCUCGCCCCACGACUCCACCGCCGAGGAUGAAAGAUAUCUGUUGCUUCCAGAUCUGAACUGGGAUCGUAAGACGCUGGGAAGUCUACACCUGCUCGCACUGCUUGAACGCAGAGACAUUUGGAGUGUCAGGGAUCUCAAGAAAAAGCACGUCGCUUGGCUCAAGCGUAUCGUUGCAGACAUUGCCACUACUGUAUCUCGCUUGUAUGCCAUCGACCCGGACAUGCUCAAGUGCUACAUACACUAUCAACCGACCUACUACCACUUCCAUAUCCACAUUGUUCAUGUGUCGCUAGAAGCUGGCGCGACACAAGCUGUAGGCAAAGCCUUGUCGCUCGACAACAUCAUCUCUCAGCUCGCAAACAUGGCUGGCCAUGACGAAGCUGGCAUGGACAAUGUCGAUUUGUCUUUUACACUUGGAGAAGCCAGUGAGCUAUGGACGCAUGUCUUCUUACCUAUCAAGGAAGGACGUUCACAAUAG